GGUGGGAUUGAAAUUUCAUUAUCUGAAUCCCUAAUUACUUCCUCCCCAAUUUGCAGAAGCCACUUGAACCCACCAACCCGUGCUCAACGACCACCUGGGCAUGAAAGUGCAACGAAGACGACACCAUCGGAGACCUCAAGAAGCUGGUUGUCGCACAGACAGGCACACUCGCCGACAAGAUCAGGAUCCAUAAGUGGUGCACCAUCUAAAACGACCACAUCACCGUCAAAGACUAUGAGGUCCACGACGGCAUGGGCCUCGAGCUCCACUACAACUAGGUUCUUUGCUAUUCCCCCAAUUAAUUUCAAUUUCGACCUAAUUAUGAAAAAAAAGGUGAAAACGUCUUUGCCUCACAGCCUGAGCUUGAUCUCCUCAGCAAUACCGACUGUGAAAACCGUCAAGGAUGUCUCUUCACAUGAGUUCGUCAAAUCCUAUGCCUCCCACCUCAAGCGCUCGGGGAAGGUGGGACUUGUGAAAAGUCUUAAUUUUUGGGGCGUACCGAGUGAAGAAGGUUUAUUGUUUGUGUUAUUGUUUUACCCCGUUGAUGAUUUUACAAUUGUUUGUCUAGAGCUUGUUUUAUUGUUUGCUUGUGAUGUAAUGUUUUGCUCAGGCCGAGAAUAUUCUACCCCCCACAAGAUGGAGCUACCCGACUGGACUGAUUUGGUAAAAACUGACGUCCUCAAAGAGCUUGCGCCAUAUGAUCCUGGUUGGGUUACUUCCAUCGCUCGAAAGAUCUACUUGAGGGGAGGAAUCGGUGUUGGUGCCUUCCGAAGGAUUUAUGGUGGAAGCAAGAGGAAUGGCAGCCAUCCGCCCCAUUUUGGCAAGAGCAGUGGGUCUGUGGCUCGUAACAUUCUUCAGUAG